AUGUUACCCCGAACUCCACCCAAACCAACAAACAAAGCCCCUACUCCCUCUACGUCCGCAACACCAGCUAGACGGACCUUAGUAGAGAUGUUGAGCCCGGCCUUCACUCGCGUAAAACGCCCAACAGAGUCGGCUCAUAUGGAGAUGGCCAAAGAAUACAGGCAGACGGGCCUACAAGCUCUCGCUGCCUCCCGCAAUUUAAAAGGGGAGCUAAAAACUGCUAUCACAGAGGCAAUCGAAGGCCUCUUCGGGGUCGUCGGCCUCAUUGACCCCUCACCUACCACCCCUCCCAACCCUCCUGCCCCCGCACCGCACACACCACAGGCUACCAAAGCCACGAUUACACCCUCAACGACUACACCGCCAACCGAUACACACAUACACACCACACAAUUACUACAGAAACUCGAGGCCCACUCUCGGCUACUCGAUGAAUCGAAUAAGGCCUUGCAGGAACACACCAGGGUUCUUAAGGCAUCCCCUAAACCCGCGCCGCCGGAGAUACAACCAGUGUCGGCGGACCCGCAUAAGACUUAUAAAUCUUACGCUAAGGCCGCCGCCACCCCCAAACCCCCUGCAGGGCCUUCCAUCAUCGUGUCCGGAGAGGGUCUAGACACAACAGAACAGAUACUUACUCAAAUCAGUAGAACCGUUAAUUUCAGAGAGGGCGGAUACGCCCCUUUAAGGGUCACCCCACUAUCAAAACAAAAGAUCAAACUCGUUUUUGAACGAGAAGAGCACAAACAACACACAAUUUCACGACUACAAAAUAACACAAAAAUAAACACUCAAGAGGAAAAACGCAUAGACCCAAUGAUUAUUCUUAAAGGGAUUUCAAAAAACAUACCUGAAUUUGAACUCACAAAAACAAUUAAAGACCAAAACACCACCUUAACUAAACAUACAUUUACCGUCAAAUUCAUAGCUAACAACAGGAACACUUCACUAUAUAACGCAGUGCUAAACACCACACCCUCUGCCUGGAAGGCGUUUGCCGACCUAGGCAGAGUUAACAUAGGGAUGCAGCGGGUCCACAGCGACAACUUUUCACCGUUUAGGCAGUGCCAAAACUGCCUAAACUUCGGACACACCAAGAGCCGCUGCCCCAACACCACACCCACAUGCGCCAAGUGCUCCGCUCACCACCCUACAGCGGAGUGCAAGGCCGAAGUACACAACUGCACCAAUUGCGCCGAACACAAUAAACAAUUCAACACCAACACCGGCACUCUACACCGCGCCGACUCAGACAAAUGCCCCAAAGUUACAGCCAUGCGUGCCCGCGUUGAGGCAAAAAUUAACUACAUUUAA